GGGAUGGAGGAAAGAUGUAGCACCAAUCAGGCCCCUGAGGACCGAUAGGAACAUCGACUGAGUAAUCUGCUUUCUACUAUUUAGUGAGAGGCAAGACCUAUUUCUAUAGAAGAAGCACAUUUUUAUAAGUCUCUAUAAAAACACUAUCGGUGUUAGAAUAUUAAACUCUCCCUACCCGGUGGACUGGGAGAUCUGUGGCUAAAUGGAGUGCUACUACUCUGCUGGCCAAUCGGAUAGCUCAAAUCACCUUGCCUGCCUACAGCUUCCAAGACACAAGUUUGAUACUAGCCUACGUGAGAUGUCAUAACUUUUAAAACCAGAGAGAGACUGUCAAAGAAAACAACAAAGAGAAGCUGUUUUUAUGAAACCCCCCUUCAUUCUCCUGGAGAUGUUGAGAAGAAGAGCAGCACGGUCAUCUGGACCAGAGCCUGAAUCUCUUGACUGCCCCCCUGAUACUCCUGACAACAGAGAGAUGAGAGAACCCCCACAGCCCCACUGACUGACAGAACAGACCAGGAGGUGGAGGAUCACACAGCCAACAUGUCUCCAACAGGUCAAAUGGCUGAUGUGCACCAAUCCAGGAGUCAGAAAUGGAAAGUGGUUUUGAUCAUCCUGUGUCUGUCUGUCACAGUAUCUGUCACACUGUCUUCCCCAUUGGUGACUUUCAGGACCAACUCUACUCAAGCUCACUCCCUUCCUCCCCCUGUUCUCUCUACCUGCCCUCUUCACACAGCCAAUGAGACUAUAACACCAGUUAAGGGUUCAACUCAUCUAAUGGUGUCUGCAUACCAGGACCACAGGGAAGGGGGAGCCACGCGCAUCAUUGCCAUGGUCAACAGAGACCGACCCAUGUCUCUGUACUGUGUGUUGUGCUGCUUAGGACACGCCCCCCAGGUCGCUCCAGCUGCUGUCGUAACGCACAGCGUCCACUAUGGUUACCCGUAUGUGGCCGCAGACAUGCUUUGCCUCGAAGAACCAGGAUGCCACGCCACGCACGUCACUCUCGGCACAUCCCUCGACAUCCAGGACACCCUCAACCGGACAUUUCUGAGCAUCCAGAACCGGGAGAGACGGGAGGAGGACUUCCCCUUUUACCUCACCGUGUGCAUGUCCAGCAUGUUUGGAGACUACAACAACGUCCAACAGUUUGUCCAGACCAUGGAGUUUUACAAGCUCCUGGGGGUGCGGAGAGUUGUCCUCUACCUCACCAGCUGUGGACCUGAUCUGGAAAAGGUCCUCCAGUACUACGCAGAGGAGGGCACUCUGGAGGUGAUUGGCUGGCCCAUCAACCACUUCCUCAAGCCCUCUACUGGGUGGGAAGCCCAGGAGCUGGAAGGGGAUAUCCACCUCAAUGGCCAGCUGACCAUCAUGAACGAGUGCAUCUACAGGAACAUGUACAGCUCACGGUACGUCCUCCUGGCUGAUGUUGAUCAGCUCCUGGUCCCGGCCUCACACAGCUCUCUUCUGCCCCUCAUGGAGGACCUGCAGGGGCAGCACCCCGACGCAGCCGUGUUCCUGAUGGAGACGCACCUCUUCCCUGCCACAGCCAGUACUGCAACGCAAGACCAUUCCGCACGGAGGAGGGCGCCGGGGGUGGAUCUGCUGGACUACGUCUACAGAGAGCUUGUUCUUGAAGAGGACUUCCGCUCCUACAAGAUGGUGGUCAACCCCCGUCUGGUGCUGCAGACGGCCAUGUUUGAGGUGACACAGAGCUAUGGGGACUCUGUCAGGGUUCCGUCCGACGUGUGUAAGAUCAUGCAGGUGAAAGAGGCUCAGAGAGAAAGCUGGACCAAUGAGCAGCUGGUCCUCGACAGAAGACUCUGGGAAUUUGGAGAAUACCUUGUGCCCUCUGUCGAUGAAGUUUUACAGAAAUUAGGUAUUCAGACAUCUCCUUGGGAGCGUGUAGUACUGUAGCUGGUUAAAAGUUUUCCA